UUUGCCGCGUUUUGUAACCUAACCAAUGACGUUCGCAAUGGCUGACGUUUAAUUAACUAUUCACAAGUGGAAGUGUCGGGUCAUUUUCAAAUAAAGAAAGUUCGAUUGUUUGUUGUGGUGAGGAAAAAAAUAAUAAAGGAGCUUUGGAUUAGGGUCAGAUUCGUGUGGCGGGACUGCGUUGACCUAGUUAGUAACCAGUCAGUUGGCUCCGACUGUAACGAGAUGGAUUUGGUGUUUUGACAUGUUAUUUUUGGGCCCAGUUUUAGAUGAUAUUUGAAAUAAGUGGAAAUGGCGCUUUUAUGGUCGUCUGCAUGUGGCGGAUUAAGUAAAUGAAAUGAUCCACAAACGUUCGGGACCUGCGUAGAGAGUGACAAGUUUGUUAGUAAACGGUAGAUUGCUGGCCAAGACGUCCGUUCGUGGUUGGUCCGUUCGUACGCUCCAAACUGUGUGGCUCCGAUUUUCCUACACGGCCAUUGUGAUUUCCAAGUGAUUACGUAUUUACUAAAACUGGUGGUUACGUUCAACAAAUACAUGGUAAUCAUUUCAUGACAAUUUCACCAUGUCAUCUCCAAGCGCAGGAAAAAGGCGAAUGGAUACUGACGUUAUAAAACUCAUAGAAAGUAAACAUGAGGUUACGCUUUUAGGUGGUCUAAACGAAUUUUGCGUUAAAUUUUACGGUCCCAGGGGCACUCCGUAUGAAGGAGGAGUUUGGAAAAUUAGGGUCCAGUUGCCUGAACACUACCCAUUUAAAUCACCUAGUAUAGGAUUUAUGAAUAGAGUGUACCAUCCAAAUAUUGAUGAAGUAUCUGGAACUGUGUGUUUAGAUGUUAUUAAUCAAGCUUGGACCGCACUGUAUGAUUUGUCCAACAUAUUUGAAUCAUUUCUUCCACAAUUGUUAACCUACCCCAACCCCAUUGACCCACUAAACGGGGACGCAGCUGCCAUGUACCUACACAAACCCGAGGAAUACAAGAAGAAGGUUUCGGAAUACGUUAGAAAAUACGCCACGGAAGAGGCGCUGAGGGGGCAGGAGAACGUUAGCUCCGAUAGUGAAUCGAGUAUGUCGGACUUUUCAGAGAACGAAGCCGAAGACAUGGAAUUAUAACGUAGGCAUAUUUUAAGUACGCCCUCGCUCAAAAAAAUUUCCCAUAACGUUUCGUUUGAGUUAGUGUUGGAUGUGAUGUGCUUAGUUUCAGGAGGGUUUAGUUAUUUUGCAUUUUCUAGCGUACUUUUUUGACCGACACUUUCGGCCACGCAUCUUUAAUUAACAGUCAGUUCCGUUUCGUAAUUAUAGUUUUUCUCUACAUUUUUCCGUUUUGUUUUUCAUGUCAAAUAUGCUGAGUGCCAAAAAAUUAUUUAUUAACCAUGGUACCGCGGUGAAGUCGCUGACAAGUUGUUUUAUUAACAAGUUGAAUCUGGUUCUAAAUUUAUUUGAAUAAAAUUUGUUUUUUGGCAGUGAGUGUAUUCAAUGUUGUUUACAUCUGGUAGUUGUAGGGACAUUUUGGAAAAUUGAACUUUUUAUAUCUGUAAUCAGGAAAAAUAAUAAUAAUAAUUUGGGUACACACUUAUGAUAUUUAAGGAUUACUUAUUAAGGCCUCACUGGAGCCGAAAUGCAAGUCAACUAAAUGGUAAUGCUAGUUUUAAAAAUAAAUUUUCAUACCAUACUUUUAGAGUUGCUUAAGUUUGUUGCAGAGCGAGACAUAUUUAUUUUUUAGUUUAGUUAUAGGUAGUGCAAUAGAACUUAUCUGAAUCGCGUCUUUAGAACUCUUCUGUUCCAACGCAAUUUUCAUUUCCUUGACAAGUUGUUUUUAUUGUGGUCUCACUAAUUAAUAAUGUUGUACAUAUUUAUAUUUUAUUUUAAAAACCUUUCUUUUUAUAAAACUCUAUAAGUGUCUUAUUGAAAUAUAUAAGUUGUAGAUAUAUAAAUAUAUAUAUACAUACAUAUAAAAAAAAAUAUACAUCAGGUGUACGCGAUAUUGUCUUGUGCUCGGGUUAAGGAAAGUUUAUAUCACUAGUUGUAGGGUGAAUUUUUCUACAGCAAAACGCAUUUUUAUUCAAUGUCGAAGUUUUCAUUGCGACCUCAAAAAUUACGUUACACAUUUAUUAUGAAAUGUUGGACAAACGUUAGGAACAGUUUAGUUUUAAUCAUGUCGUUUUUAUAAGCGUUAAUAUGUGUGAUUUUUUUUUAAUUAAGUUUGGUUUUUUCACUAUGAAUUUAAUACAGUACAGGAUGUACUAUUUUAUAAUGUUUAUUAACAUGUUUUUUAAAUGGCCUUAAGUUACUUUUUGUUGCUGUUAAUUUUAGAAAUCUGUUCCCAGUUGAGUGGUUCACCAAAACUGCUUCAAAGUGGGACAUUCGUUUUUUAUAUAGGUUUUAGUUGUUGCCAGUUGCUGGGACAAUAAAUUUUUGUUAAUUUGUAUCAACGUAUUUUUUAUUCUUAUCAAUUUAAUCGUAAUUUUCAGCAGAGGCCUUCCCUAUGACAUAAUUUAACGUUUAAAUUUAGUUAAAUGUUAUUGUUUAAGCAUCACUUCAUCUUGAAAUUUCGUGUCAACAUCGUAGCUAGAAUAAAUUUUACACAGUGUUGUGUAUAUAAAAUUGUCUGUUGUGUCGUAACUAAAAGCAAUUUGAAUAUUCUAACGCAAAACUUGAAACUGCCAAUGUUCAGGUGUUUAAGCAAUCAAAAAAUGUUGAGCGUCUUGUGAUAUUAAUUUCGACAGGCAAGCUCCACCUAACAUUUGUCCGACAUUGUCAAAGCAUUUUAUGUUAGCAAAUAUUUACCAAUACGUAACUAGCAGAUGGGGCAAAAAAGGGGACGAUUAAGUUGUUGCGCCAGUUUUGUCCAAUCUGCGGCACCUAAUUGCAUAUUCAUGGAACACAGGGUUGCUGUCCCUGAUGCAAUUUUGGUCCCCGGAUGAACCGCUUGAUUUAUUAGUUACCUAUAUCCGAUUACCUUAAACGUUCUUAAACGGACCAAAACCGCAUCACCGCAUUAAAUACACGACGACGACGACGAUGACCGCCUAGCACACUACACGUUUGUGUUUUCGCCUUAUAUUUGGCUUCCAACGUUACUUUCCUUACACAAUCAAUGAUUUUUGGCUUAUGUAAAUUUACCAAUGGAUCAAAUUAUCAUAUUGCCUUAAUCAAACGAUAGUUCUUCAUAUUACCACGUAUGAUUUGUUUUCGUCAUCACAUGUGAAACAAGUUGUGAAAAAUAGUUGUAGUCAAUACUUUUAAAAAUAGACGCUAGCUGGACUAGUGUCUUUGUUACAUACCAAAUAAAGGGAACAUCGUUUUUAUUUUACACUUAUAUAAGUAUUCUGCCUAUUUGGUAUCUUGUACACAUAUACAUAAUUUUAUAGAUAUAACAAAGGAAAAUUUAUAUUAUCGCGAUGUACGAAUUAAGAAUGAAUGGUGUUUUCCUGUAAUAAAGUUUGCCCAAUUGCAUUAAUAUGUCCAUGCAAAUAUUACGUUGGUAGUUAUAUCCAUCUAAUAUUUAUUAAUCGUAAAGAGUAAUAAAGUGUUGAUACACCAAUUAUUAUGUGGAAUACAUCACGAUAUCUAUUUUUAAUUAAGAAACUUUUAAAUGUAGCUCAUUUUGGUAGCAUUUAACAGUAAUAAAUAACUAAAUUUAU